AUGAAGCUGAACGUGGCUGCUAUCUCGGUCCUGGCCACUGUGGCCUCCGCUCUCCCUCACAAGCGCAAUAGCGAUCAAUGGGGACACAUUCGCUCCAAUAUCAAACAUGUCAUCUACCUGAUGAUGGAGAAUCACUCAUUCGACAACAUCGCCGGGUACUGGGACUUCCACCCCGACAUUGACAACUUGCGCAACAUUUCCUACUGCAACGAGUACACCAAUCCCAAUUGGACGGUCUGGGACGAACCUCUCAAUGUCUGCGCUGCGCCAUUCGAAACCGAGGUGCCCUUGACCGAUCCGGAUCACAACUUCGCCGGCGUCACGUAUGAAAUCUUCCGCAAGUGGUACCCCACCAAGGACGAUGUUCCCAACAUGGGAGGUUUUAUUGAGCGUCAGUCGGAGAAAUACGCAGCCAGCCCGGGCGAGUCUAGCUUCGUCAUCAAGGCUUAUGAUGAGAAGAAGACGGCAACUUUAAUUGAGAUUGCGAAGAACUUUGCCUUCUGGGACAGCUAUUUCGCGGAACACCCUGGCCCGACCAACACCAACCGCCAGUUCGCUACUUCGGGAUCGACCUGCGGUUUCGUUGACAACACCUACCAGUCCGCCGGAUGGUAUGCCAACUACACCGGUACGACUUGUGCGACGUCGAUCUUCGAGGCUCUCAGCAAGAAGAACAUUACCUGGAAGAACUACUAUGAGACGGACAUUGUCGAUGCCUACAUGUACAAGUGGGUGCAAGACAAUGCGAUGGACCGUCUGGUUCACUCCGACCAGUUCUACCGCGAUCUCGAGGAGGGAACUCUGCCCCAGUUCUCCUACUAUAACCCCGAGUGCUGCACCAUUGACUCGAUGCACCCGACUAGCAACAUGGCCUCGGGUGAGCAGCUGAUCAAGCAUCUGUACGAUGCAGUGCGCAAGUCCAAGUACUGGGACAACGUUCUGAUCAUCCUCAACUUUGACGAGCACGGUGGUUUUGCUGACCACGUUCCCACGCCGGUCAACGUUCCCCAGCCCGAGGAUGGCAUCACCUUCACUGGCAUGUCUGACGGCCACAAUGUGACCUAUGACUUUACUCGUCUCGGUGUUCGUGUGCCGUCAUUCGUCAUCUCGCCCUACAUCCCGGCGAACCACCUGAUCCACGACCAGGGUACCAUGUAUGCCAACAACUCGGCGUACACGCACACCUCCUUCCUGCACUUCCUUCAGGAACUGUGGGGUCUGGAGGGACUGAACAACCGGGUGCAAUGGGCCAAGACGUUCGAGUACAUCUUCUCGAGCGAGAAGCGCGACGACACGCCGGAGAAAUUGACGACGCCGACCUGGUACGGCAGCAGCUGGGAGCCGAAGCCGGAUCCAUACUACAAGCUGAACCAGGAUUAUGACUAUUACGAGAAUCUCGAUUAA